GUCAUUGCAUUGCCGACACACACAGUUACUAGCAGACAACAUUUUGUAGCAUGCACUUGCUAGAGCCUAACCGUUCCUUCACCGCACAUCCAAUACAGAUUUGAAUGGAAUUUACAGGAUAUUUUAUACAGGAUAUCAUCAACGCAUGUUCCCUGAGUCUUAGAUUGGAUCUAUAAUAAAGGAGUACAUAGUUUUACUUUCCCAUCUGUGUUUGAAUUGUACCAACUGGUUCCAUGAAUUCUUAAAGGUGAGAUGGAUAUCUACUGGGAUUGGAGCUCAGAGGUACAAACUAGAUAAACUGAUCAACAGAGAGGAUUCUUGUAACUUGGAUAAUCUCAAAACUUUGGAGCUGACCUUGGAUACAUGACCACAAUGACGUCUUGCAUGCUCCAAGGAAAGCGGUUCUACUGCCGAGAGUGGGCCUUCCAGAAGCUUGUUCAUGGCCUGGACAACAGGCAAGCUUCAAGAACAUGUGGAACACUUAUUAUGGGAGGGCCAGGCAGUGGAAAGAGUGCCCUCUGCUCCGAGAUUGUUUGGCCAAACAGUGCUGGGAAGCAGCGUAGUCUUACAAAGAGGAUGCUGGCGUAUCAUUUCUGUGAGGCUCACAAUCGAGAGUCCCUGUCUGUGUCAAAGUUCAUUCUGGGCCUGGUUAACAUGAUCACACGCUCGACUCUCAUCCAUGGCUAUGAUGAAAAGCUGAGGGAUCCAAGAGUGCAAGCUGUCCUGGAACCUGCUGCGUGUGAACGUAAUCCAGAUGAGGCAUUUAAGAAUGGAGUAUUGGUGCCUCUUUGUUCUCUAAAUCCACCUUCUCGCAACUGCUUCAUUCUGGUGGAUUCUGUGGAUGAGGCUUAUCCUGUAUUGGAAGGAGACAGUCCUGCAGGAAGCAGAACCAUUGCAGAGCUUCUUGCGAAUCACCAUGAGCUCUUUCCACCUUGGCUUUGUCUCCUAUGCAGUGCACGUCGUCAGAGUAAGACUGUUACCCGCAUGUUCACAGGUUUCCGCAAGCUCAGCCUGGAUGACCUACGCAAGUCUCACGUAGUAAGGGAUGUGCAGCAGUACAUUCUGAGGAGGCUUGAUCAUGAGGAGGCAAUUCGUACACAGCUGAGUAAGGAUACUGCAGAAAUGCUGAAUCAACUGCAUAUCAAGAGUAAUGGCUGCAUCAUGUAUCUUGAGAAAGUCCUAGAUGGAGUGGCAGAUGGCUUCAUUUCACUUCAAGACAUCACUGAAAUUCCAGGAACUCUAAAUGGACUAUACUUAUGGCUGUGUCAGCGUCUAUUCCAGAAAAAACAUUUUACAAAAAUAAGGCCAGUUCUUGGUGUGAUGCUUGCUGCUCAGUGCCCUCUUACUGAGCUGGAACUGUAUGCAUGUGCAAAGACUCGCAACUUUGCCCUUACAAGAGAGGAGUUCCAGGACAGGCUAAAGAUGAUGUGCAAAAUCCUGGUGAGAAGCAAGGAUAACAGGAUUCUUCUCUUUCACCAUAGCUUUUCUGAAUGGCUCCUAGAUGUCAAGUAUUGCACACAGAAGUACAUGUGCAGUCUCACUGAAGGCCACACCAUGCUUGCUCUCAGGUAUACCUGUAGUGCACCAGAUUUGACUCCUUCGCAGGUGCAGGACUUUGCAAGAAAUUUGAUCCAAGCAGGGCUUUCUCCACCUCUUGAUAGUAGCUCUCUUGCACUGUGGCUUAUCUGGGCUGGGACACCACUCUAUGAUUGCCUAGCCUCUCAGUCACCAAAGGAUAAGCAAGUCACACAACUCUUAGUCAGUGCUGGUGCCAGAGUCGUAGAUAUAGACAGGAAUUCUUUGAUUCUCCAAGAUGCUCUCGAUAAGCAGGAAUCCCUGCAUUCACUCAUCAAUAGUGGUGCAUCCAUAAACCAAGUUGAUAGUAAUGGUCGCUCACUUCUUGCCAAUGCUGCUUACAGCGGGAACCUGGAAGUUGUGCAGUCGUUGCUCAUCUAUGGUGCUGAUGUAGGUGUGACUGAUAGGACAGGCCAGACAGCACUUGGGUUGGCAGCACGACAUGGACAUGUGGAAGCUGUUGCUCUGUUGUUGAGCCACGAUGCUGAGGUUGAUCAUGUGGAUCAUGAUGGCUGGACACCUCUGCGCUCUGCAGCCUGGGCUGGUCAUACAGAUGUUGUUACAACACUUCUCAGCAAGGGUGCAGUAGUGGACUGUAGUGACCACAAUGAAAAAAGAACUGCAUUGAGAGCAGCUGCGUGGGGUGGUCAUGCAGAUAUUGUGAAAACUCUUAUUGAUAAUGGUGCAAACGUAAAUCAAGCUGAUCAUGAAGGAAGGACUGCACUUAUAGCUGCAGCAUACAUGGGACAUAGUGCCAUUGCGGAAUACCUAGUUAACAAUGGAGCAGAAAUAAACCAUGAAGACUUUGAUGGUCGCACUGCAUUAUCUGUUGCUGCAAUGUCCAUUGCAGUUAACCAGGGUCACACUGAUGUUGUUACGCUUCUCAUUGAGAAAGGUGCUGCUGUGGAUCAUAGGGACCAUGAAGGGAUGUCUCCACUCCUGGUUGCUGCCUAUGAGGGUCACCAAACUGUUGUUGAACUUCUGUUAGAAGGUGGAGCUGACGUUGACCAUACUGACAACAAUAACAGGACGGCAUUGAUCGUUGCUGCCUCUAUGGGACAUCCCUCGAUAGUGAGGACACUCUUAUAUUGGGGUGCUGCUGUAGACACAAUUGAUGGAGAAGGAAGGACAGUCUUAUCAAUCGCUGCAUCACAAGGUACUUGUGACAUUGUUCGCAUGCUACUAGAAAGGGGAUUAGAUGAGAUGCACAAAGAUAACCAUGGCUGGACACCAUUGCACAUGUGUGCUUAUGAGGGUCACCAAGAUGUCUGCCUUGCCAUUCUUGAGCAAGGGCCUCACGUCACUGUGGACAUUGCUGAUCGGGAUGGCCGUACCCCCCUUGUACUUGCUGCUCAAGAGGGGCAUAUGGAAGGUGUAAAGGUGUUGCUCCUACAUGGUGCCAAUGUUUGUCAUAUCUCUCAUGACGGUCGGACAGCUCUUCGUGCUGCUGCAUCAGAGGGGCACCAGGAUCUUGUGCACUUAUUCCUGGAGCAUGGUGCUGAAAUCAAUUACAGAGAUGCUGAAGGACGAUCAACCAUGUACAUGCUUGCCUUGGAGAAUAAGCUCCCUAUGGCUCAGUCCUUUCUGGCAAAUGGUGCUGACACAGAGCUUUGUGACACAGAAGGGAGAACUGCUCUACAUGUUGCAUCAUGGCAGGGUCACUCGGAGAUGGUCUCUCUCAUCCUUCAAAAUAAUGCAAAUCCAAAUGCAGUUGAUAAGGAACGCAGGUCUGUACUGCAGUCAGCAGCCUGGCAAGGUCACGUCUCAGUGGCAAAGGUAUUACUGGAAAGAGGAGCUGACAUCAACCACACAUGUAAUCAAGGAGCCUCUGCACUUUGCAUUGCUGCACAAGAGGGCCAUGUUGAUGUUGUCAAAGCCCUACUCCAGUAUGGUGCUAAUCCAAAUCAUGCUGAUCAGCAUGGGCGUACUCCAAUGAAAGUAGCCUUGAAGGGUGGACACGAGGAAGUCAGCAAGUUAUUGGAAGAUUAUGGUGUUCAGAACCCUCUGUCACCUCCUUCAAGCAGAGCAUCGUCGAAGAGAAGUGGCAGCUCCUUGUCAUCAAGCAACAGUGACAAUAAGCCAUCAGUGUUAACUAAUGGUGCCUUACUCCAAGGUAGUUCUCCUUCCAACUCGCCUGACUCCACUUAUGACAAGAGGAAAUCUUGCACUUCAAAUCCUUCAACAAAGUCAUCAUCAAAUCUUACGAACUCUACCAACAACUCAUGCCUACAUCUAAGUGGAAUGAGAGAAAACAGAUCAACAGCAACGUCUUUCACAGAGCAGGUACAACAGCAUAUGGUAUCACACAAGCGAGCACCUUCUCCUCGUACUUGCUCUCCAGACCCUGCCCUGAUGAGAAAUGGCACACCAACAAAAAUUACACCUACAAGCUCUUUUCAGACGAUACCUGAAAACAUCACUACAGCUCACAGUUCAGAGCAGCUGCAAGGAACUCCAAAGCAUGGUAGUAGGAGGCAUCCGUCUGGAGCAUCCAGUGCCGCUUCCCGUAGAGCACAGUCUCCUGCUCAUGCAUCCUCUCGCUCAUCAUCACCAUCGAUGCAUCAACAGAGGGAACAGCUCUCAGCAACUCCUAGUGAGGCAUCUUCACAACCAUCUCCAAGGCACUCCCCUAGACGCCAGAGCUCCUCAAGUGCUCCAAGCUCCCCAACAAAUUCAGAUGAGCGGAAGCCACCGCCAACUCCUCAGAGGGUUCGCAAAUCUUCAAAUCCCCUACCCAAUGGAUCUUCACAACACAUCAUGGUACACAACGUCAAGUCUGCUUCACCAUCUCCAACGAGACGUGCUGUACCUCGGACGAGCAGUCAGCAGAAGCCUCCCAAGAUGGGAAAUGGGCAUUUUCAGAAUCAUCAAGAUGUCCCAUCUCCUUGGCAUAAGCAGCAAAGUCACAUGCACCUGAUCCAACAGCACCAAGAAUGUCAGCAAUCUCUCUACAGGGCCAGCUCUCUAGGAAGCAUCAAUAGCCAGGAACUGAACACAUCCUUUCAGAACCCUUCCAAUGGUUCUCAUCCUUACCCCCCUCAGGAUUACUCCCCACGCCUAUCCCGUAAGCAGAUGAAUGACAGCAAUGGUUCCUGCCAUUACUGUGGACAAAACCAACCAUCUCCUACACAUGGUGCUAAGCACUCAUUCCAGCAAUCUGUGAUCAUGCAGCAGAAUGAAAUGAAGAUAACUUCAUCCCAUCAUCGCUCAAACUCUCAACCUGUGAAUCUGACACCUGAUCAAAUGAAGGCCUUUGCUCGCAAGGCCUCGCUACCAAAUUCCUUCAAUCAGAUCAACAUCCAGCGCUUGAUGGGUGCCCAAAACAACCGUGUUCCAGGAUCUCCUGAACCACGUGCCAGACGCAGUGGCAUCUGCACUAACCCUAAGUUUCAGCGGAAGGCGAAUACUGGUACUGGAAUAAGCACUAGUCAAGGAAUGCUGAACCAGUCAGGGAUUAUUACAAAUGGAAAUGGAUUAUCACCUCUUGAGAUUAAGCAAGCAGCUAAGAUUGGUUUUGAAGGGUCUUCCAGGAAUGGGUACAAGAAGGAGACACCCCUAUAAUGGAGAACUGUCUGCGUUCCUGAACCAAAAUACCAUCAUUCCAAUCCUACCAGUAUCCUUGGUCCCUGGAACUCAGAGUGACGUAGGCUUCUCCUCCAGAUGGAUGUCCAUGGUGCCGUUCCUGAGGCCCAGUGCUGACGAAGAGGAUGAUGAUGAUGAUGAUGAGUUUAACACACAACCUGUCAAAUUACCCGCAUCAGGUUUCCGGUCACAGCCGUUCAUCCGCACUGCCUCCAUGUCCGCUUCAUGCGUGCUUUUCGCGCACCAUUGAGUAGAGAACGUUACAAGAAAGGGGAUGCGCACCACACAGAAUCAACAAGCCACGCCUAUGGGAACUCUAUACCAGGGCGGGGCUACGGCAGGUGCCUGCAUGCCAGAAGAGGGAUGUCAGCAGCUAUAAGCGUCUCAACCUCUGCAGCAGAGUGCUAUUCCGAGCAUCUCAUCGACUCUGCUUAGAGAAUCACUUUUUAUAAGUGGAUUGUUUAAAAUCCAAUAUCCCUCAAAACCUUGUUCUAAACAGGGCCGGAAAUGGUUUCAUUAGUAAUUCAUGUACGCCCAACAUUUAAUACCCCAAUUUGGUUUCGUUCACAUGAAUUAUGUAUUGCCUUAGCUUGAUGAUAUGUUUUAGAUCCCUUUCUGAAAUAGUAAAUGUGUUUGUUGUAUACUUGAGAUUACCUAAGUUUGUUUUACCUGUUAUAUUAUGUCAUGUGUGAGGUUUGGCUGCAAUAGAUGUAUGAUACAAGUAUGUAUUCGUAGAAGAGACGAUAAUGAAGAUAUCCUCUAUCCUAAGGUUUUUAAUAGUCGUGAUAUAAAAGUAAUGCUGGAUUUAUGUGUUGCAUUGUUCAAUUAUCAGGUAUUAUCUGCUUUUCAAUGCUAUAGCAAUAUGAAAAAUAAUCGUUGCUGCUUAAUUUCACAACAAAAACAUCUUGGAAAGAUUCUGAGAUAUUUUUUUAUUUGUUGUUCAACUUCUAGGAAUGAUUAAAUUUGAUUUAAAGUCUACUGCUACAGUGGGUAUGAAUGAGAUUUACCUAAAAGAGCAAUUGUUAGGUAAGAUAUAACA